UUCAGGUUGACCUGCUGUUCUGUCUGAGAUUGUGGUGGUGUACUGCUGGUUGUAGUGGUGUUCUUCUCCCAGGUUGAAGGUUCUCUCCGCCAACAACGAACCACUGCGCCGCUAUACUCACUUGGACCCCUUGUUUCUGAGGCUUCCUCGUGCCUUCGCCCACCGAGUGGUCCACCAGCCAAAGACCAUGUGGCGCCGAGCCGGACCGAUCUGCCUCCACCUCACCGGAAUCGCCGGCCGCCGCAUCCGACGACCCCCACAGCCUCCUGCUCCCAUAGCCACCUGCUCUACCUCCGCCUUCGCUUCAUCCUCUUUCCACCACAAUCUUGGAACCUUUCGGGAUUCCACCGGAGUUCCUCCCUUUCGAAGCCUAUCGAACCAGGCAGGAGGUGAUGGCGGCAUUGGCGGCGAGUGCUGGAGUUGUGGCGCCAAGGGGGCAUUCCUCUCCUGCGGGUCCUGCAGGAGUGUGCAGCCCGUUGAUCCUGCGGUCGACUACUUCCAAAUAUUUGGCCUGGACAGAGGAUACGACGUAAAGGAUACCAACUUAGAAGGAAAGUACAAAGACUGGCAGAAGAAGUUACAUCCUGACCUUGUUCAUUCUAAAUCAGAGAAAGAGAGAGAUUUUGCGGCCGGGCAGUCAGCACUUGUCAUUGAGGCAUAUCGCACACUGAGCAAACCUUUACCAAGGGCAUUGUACUUGCUGCAACUUGAGGGGAUACACGUUGAUGAGGAGAAGACUAUCAAUGAUCCAGAACUUCUUAUGGAGAUGAUGGAGAUACGUGAAGCUGUUAGUGAAGCCGGUGAUUCUGAAACUCUGAAGAAGAUCCAAUCUCAGAUGAAGAGGAAGCUCGAAACCUGGUCCAAAGCCUUCCAGGAAGCGUUCGACAAGAGGGACUUUGACGGUGCAGUGGAAGCUACACAGAGAAUGAGAUACUACGAACGUGCUAUGGAAGAAACUGUGAAGAAGCUUUGAUCUUAGCCCCGACUGGGAGCUAUGUAAAUUGUACGCCUUCAAGAAAACUAGACGGGUACGGGCGCUCCACCGCGCCGGGAGUCUGGUGGCUGACAUGUUGCAGGUCGGUUGAGUGAAGUCAUCGUGAGAGGCAGGUCGUACCACGCAGUUUGGCUGAAUAAAGUGACUGUUUUUACGUUGUUUUCCUUGUGUUGUAUGCUGGUCGACUGGUGUGGCCGUGGGAAAUUACUGCAGACAAAAUACUGUGCAGUUGCUUUUCGUGCGCAUGUACCGAAGGCAGAUCGAACUGUAGCUCCCCCUGA